AUGGUUGGAAGUCUUAUGUACUUAACAGCUACACGACCUGAUCUUAUGUACACCGUAAGCCUAAUCAGCAGGUACAUGGAGUAUCCUGCUGAGACUCAUGUGAUGGCAGCCAAAAGGAUUUUAAGGUACAUAAAGGGCACUGUUGAGUUUGGGGUGUUCUACAAGAAGGGAGGAGAUGAAGGGCUUAUUGGCUAUACGGAUAGUGACUAUGCUGGUGAUCAAGAUGACAGAAAGAGCACGUCAUGUUAUGUAUUUAUGUUGAAUUCAGGAGCAGUCUCAUGGUCCUCGAAGAAGCAACCAGUGGUCACUCUUUCCACCACUGAAGCAGAGUUCAUUGCUGCAGCUUCAAGUGCGUGUCAAGUAGUGUGGUUAAGAAGGAUUUUGAGUAGUUUGAAUUUGAGGCAAACUGGUUCGACAGUAGUUUAUUGUGAUAAUGUCUCAACCAUUAAGCUUUCAAAGAAUCCAGUAAUGCAUGGUCGUAGUAAACAUAUAGAUGUAAGGUUUCAUUUCCUACGAGAUCUUGUUAAAGAUGAGGUAGUGGAGUUGCUGCAGUGUUCUACGCAUGAGCAGAUAACAGACAUAAUGACGAAGCCGCUGAAACUUGAAGUAUUUCAGAAGCUGCGAAAUUUAAUGGGUGUUUGCAAAAUGCCCUAG